CCCAUUCCCAUUCCCAUUCUCCUUCUAAACCCCUCCUCCUCCCCUCCGUCGUCGUCUGCUACCUCUUCUAGAGUUCCUUCCAGCACCUGUCCAUCCGUCCAUAUAUCGUUUGCUCCGCCGCUCCGCUUCCACGCACACCAACCGCCUGCUCUGCUCUUCGAUUCCCCCGAGGCCCCAUCGCAAAAGAAAACCCCUCUAGAGUUCGACCAUGGCGAUCGACCACGAGUCCCCGUUCAAGGAGCUCCGCCUCAAGAACAGGAGGAUCAUGGGAGGCGGCGCCCCUGAGCCAGACGAAGACGAGACCGAGGCGCAGGCGCAGGUGGCGGCGCACGGCGAGGACCAGCACCAGCAGUGGCCGCGGUGGCUGCGCCCGCUGCUCUCGGCGCGCUUCUUCGCGCAAUGCAAGACGCACGUCGACUCGCACCGCAGCGGCGAGUGCAACAUGUUCUGCCUCGACUGCGCCGCGGGGGCCGGCGCCGGCGCCGCCGCGCUCUGCUCGCUCUGCCUGGCCCACGCGCACCGCGGCCACCACACCAUCCAGAUCCGCCGCUCCUCCUACCACGACGUCAUCCGGGUCUCCGACAUCCAGCGCUUCAUGGACAUCGCGGGCGUGCAGACCUACGUCAUCAACAGCGCGCGCGUCGUCUUCCUCAACGAGCGGCCGCAGCAGAAGCAGACCGGCAAGUCUGCCGGCGGCGGGGGCGGCGGAGGGAGCGCCAACCUCUGCGAGGUCUGCAGCCGCAGCCUCCUCGACAACUUCCGCUUCUGCUCCCUCGGCUGCAAGAUCGCCGGCUGCUCCUCCGACGCCGGCGGCGCCAAGGCGCGGACCAACAGGCUCGGCGGCCGCGCCAAGGGCUCCUCGGAGUCGGAGGCGGCAUCAUCCUCCUCUUCCCUGCGCAAUGCCGCCAACCACAGCUUCACGCCGUCCACACCGCCACCGCCGCCUCCUCCCGCGGCCAAGCGCCGCAAGGGCAUCCCGCACCGGGCACCCUUCGGCAACCUCAUCGUCGACUACUAGCUAGCCACCUGCAGCCAUUGGCAAUCCACAUGCCCAGUUGCAGCAACGGAGUGAAUGGAAUGACAAUGCGGCCACCACUUCGGUGGCCGCCAUUGCCUGCCUUUGGUGGUGCUUCUCGAUGUGGAUUCCACCAUUAGCUAGCUAGCCUUUCAGUCAGGAACAAAGCAAAGCAGGCAGGCAGCAAAGGUUGGAUGCAUGGACACACAACUGAGAAAGUACCACCACCCUUUUCUUACUGCUUAAUCAUCAUCAUCACUAGGACAGAAAGAAAUAUUGUUACAUUACAGAGAGAUUACUGUAUAUGAUUAUGGUCCUGCUCUAUUACUUCUUCUAUACUAUUAGACUUCAGUUUUGUGAUGUUUUUAGGUAAUAAGCAAUGCAGCUGUAAGCUAGCUAGAGUAUCUGCAAUUGCCACUUGUUAAACAAGUUUUGUGAUGAAUGGCUGUGGUUAAUCAGUAGUGCUUUCUUCAUCUGUAAAUAUGGUUUGCUAGAAGAGGACGACUGCUUGUUAAUUAUUAA